GCUCCCUACCGGAAGUAUUAGUUUGAGCCGGAAGAGGAACCGUGAACUCGUGUGUUUGGCUCAACGUGAAUACAACUUUUAAGGUUGUAAACAAACGCCUUUGUUUUCCUCCUUCGAACACCAACUAGCUCCUCUACAUUACCACCGCGGCUCCAGACGUGAAGAUGUUCAACAGACAGACGAGCCUGUGGAUGGGGGACUUGGACCCAUACAUGGAUGAGAACUUCAUCAAGCAGGCCUUUAGUGCCAUGGGAGAGUCGCCAUUUGGAGUCAAGAUCAUUACUCACAGGAUAACAGGUGGUUCUGCAGGAUACUGCUUUGUGGAGCUGGCAGAUGAGGCAAGUGUUGACCGCUGCGUUCAAAGACUUAAUGGAAAACUGGUUCCAGGAUCAAAUCCGCCCCGGAAGUUUAAGCUAAACUAUGCCACCUACGGGAAACGGCCAGAGGCAGGGCCAGAGUUUUCAGUGUUUGUAGGCGACUUGGCCUCUGAGGUGGACGACUUCCAGCUACACCAAGUUUUUAAGAAGUAUCCUUCCUGCAAAGGAGCCAAAGUCGUCACCGACCAGUACGGAUACUCCAGAGGUUACGGUUUCGUCAAGUUCGGGGAGGAGACCGAGCAGAAGAAGGCGAUUGAGGAGUGCCAGGGAACAAUGCUCGGUGGAAAGCCGCUCAGACUCAGUAUUGCUGUGGCAAAGAGCCAAAAGAUGAGCAGCUACCACGGGGGCCAGGGCCAAAAUUACCACAGCAACUACAACCAGUCUCAGUCCAAUUACUACGGCAGCCAAAGCGGUGGGGGUCAGGGGGGUUACUACCCUCAGUGGGGGGGCUACGAUCAGUACAGUGGCUAUAACAACAGUGGCUAUAACAGUGGAUACAACAGUGGCUACAACUACAACUAUGGGCCCUAUGGAUACCCUCCACCAGGACAAAUGAUGCCACCUCCUCCCACGGGGAUGCCACCCGUGUCCACAGACCCUUCAGGAGCUGUAGAGAGCCAUGAGGAGACUGAGGAUUUAGAGGACGAUAAUGCAGAAGACCCCACCUCUGCCUGUGACGUGGACCAGUGGAACAAAGACUUCAUGCAGCGGAGCGAGGAGCUGUACGACGCCAUGAUAGACUGUCACUGGGAAACACUGGACUCUGUUGACUCCACCAUCACCUUCCUUCCUUGAUAACUUCUUUAUUUUCUCCUCGGAUUCUCCCAAACCCUUGAAUACUUUUCUUUUUCUACUCCCCUAUAGUCUUGAUCUAAUGCUACACUGACGCCUUAUAAAGGCCACUUUAGAUUUACAUGUACCUCUUCAGAUCCUCAAAGUGCAUAAACCUUCACUAGAUUUUAAUGUUUACCAUGUUGGUAAUAUAGAGAAGGUGGCUCAAUAAUCAGAGAGGUUACUGUGGUCCACACCAUUCAGUAUGAAUUUAUUAGUGUAAGGAUGAAGUGCUGGCAUUGCCCUCUCUGCUGUGGACUGCCAUAGUAGCUGCAGUAAGGUAAACUGAACGCUGUGUAAAUCUAGCUGCUUUCACACAUGAACUCGCAUCAACAGAAACAUGUUUUGUUACAGGUCAUAAACCUUGGCCUGUAUCACGAAAUUGGCAUCUUCUACAUGUAUGAAAUCACUUUUUCAUCCUGAGAUAAUUCUAUUUUUGUUUUUAACCAUGCUUUGCGUCCUUUGUGUUUUUAUAAAGUGUUUCAUCAAGGCACCCACCCACUUAAAGGUUUUACUAGGGGCCUGGCAGGAAAAACUCCAGAGAUUGUCCGGUGCCUCUGGCUGGGACAUUUGUGUUCACACAUGCAGCCCCUCCUGAAAAUAUCAGGAGAUUAUACAGAGUUUAGUGCAUGUUUGAAAGCAGAUUAUGUCACAGAGGAAUAAAUGCAACUUGUCACUGAUUGUUUGUGGAUCCAUGUUGAAAUGGUCUCACCAGCAGAUGUUAACUUUGCUCAGUGAAUAUGGCCCAAGCUCUUUAGGUAGUAAAUGAAAACUAUGCCUUUAUUGUCAUUUGCCAUGAACUACAAUAUAUUUUUAAAUGUAUCAGUCUGUCUUGUUUUGUUUAUUUUUAAUGAAGGAACUGUCCUGGGCUUGUGAAUUUUUUUUACAUUAUCUGGGUCAAGUUGUGGAAAACAUUGACACAUGUUGAUAUUGAGUUUACCAAACAGGUAUCAAACCGAAGUGUAAUUUAUGACUGUUUUUCCAGACAAGGAACUUUCUUUUCUGUGUAACAGAUGAAUGGUACAACCUCCCAAAUCGUCUAAGCGCUGUGAAACUGUGUCAUGAUUUUGUGAGGUAGACAGUUGAUUUGCUGUAGCAGAUGUUUUGUAUGUUUUCUUUGUGAAGACAUUCUAUGAAAAAAAAAAAAAGAAAGGAGGCAAUGGUUUUGUGUCUACUUUUUUAGAGAAGUAAAGACUAAUGUGUUUCUCUUGAGGUGAACUGUAUUUAUUCAGUAUAUUCACAUUAUGCAGACCUAUUACAUUUUAUUACCUCUG